AUGGCUUUGAAGUUGAUUUUGGAGAUGUCUAUGCUGUUUUCCGGGCUGUGUUUGUAUUGGUACAAUUCUGGCGAUUUGAAUGAGGUUGUUCCCAAGGAGAGGUAUUCUGGUGUGAAGGUGUUUCAAGUCUCUGUGGACGAUGUUUUUGGAGUGCAGGUAUUUGACUACCUGGAGACACUUGAGAAAGAAGAAGUCUUUGUGUUGGAACGAAAUGGGGACGCUGUUUUUGCGAGCUUUGGAAAGCACCGAGAGCAGGUCGCCGUUUUUGCAAAAGGAGAGCAAAACAGAAUAGCAGAGUUCGUUACUGUGGAUUUCGGCAAAGAAAUGGUAUGUCUCCACCAAAAACGGGUGGGGCUGAAGUCUUUUCAAAGUGGAGUAUUCGUUCAAAGAGUUGAACAACGACAUUUGAAGAUGGCACCUCCUGAUCCUUCGUCAAUUUUGUCUUCGACCACGACACACGAGUCUGGUGGGGCAAACUCCUGGUUCAUGUCCUGUUUGUUUCCAAUAAACUCGAGAGACGCAGCCCGCUCUUCGGUCUCGGUCGUCGACCCGGCGCAAGUGGCAAACACUUCUGACACGUUGAAAUCGUCGUGGUUGCUCAAACGGCUGUUUGAUUCGUUCACAGACGCCAUUGUGGAACAGUCCAACGAGGCAGGAAUACCAAGCAACCGCAGCAAAUCGAUGAUUUCGUACUGCAUUUCGCCGUUUGCUCUGUUCUGCAUGCUGACGGCGACUCUUUUGAACAGGAUCGUGAUUUUUGCAAGCACCAGAUCCAGCAGAAGACUCCCGAAAGUGUCCAAGGUGAUUCUGCGGUUGACUGCGAUUUACCUGCUACUGGAGGGCAGUUACGGCGUUCUAUCGUCUCUAAAGCAUUACACACGCACACCAUUGCUCAAGAAACUGAUUCCGUCCUACUACAACUUCGAUGAGUCGAAGUUCCACACAUACACCUUUUUUGGCAUAAGUUACAGUGCACAGUACUUUGAGCGCACCAUCAUUAACAGCGAGGGGAAAUUUGUGUUGCACGGUCCCACUCCGUCUGUUCUCAAGCCAUUCUACUUUUCGCUGUGUCUCAGCCAGAUUUUCGAGACUUUUAUCGCUGUCACUGGCGGAACAGAGCCCUGUAUUGAGAACGGACUCACUCUGUUUGAGUACUCGCUAGCGUUUCAGGAAGUGCAGUCCGCCAACCGGCCGUCUGUUGAGCUUCUGUUGAUUGCCGUCAUUGCGUUGGUCCACCAGCUGAACAUCCAUAUUCUCGGAUUGUUCAAUCGCCAGAACUACAGACUAAUCUUCUCCAUGCUGGUUGGGUCCUUCACAUUGGCACUGUACCUCAAGAUCAUCUUCACGGGACGGCUCUCAUUCAUUCCGUUCACCGUGAUCAUGGGAUACCUGCCCCAGAUGAUAACUUUGCUGGUCAUUUUGUCAAGUCUGGUGAUAUUUCUGCUGGCUGCUCUGUUCAAAGGCUCUUUUGCCGACCUCACGUUCAGCGCUCUCACCAGCCACAUUGACUCGAUCGAGAUCUCGCUGGCCGACGACUUCUACACCGCGCUAAUCAACCUGGGCUCGUUUGUGAUCAAUGCGGCCUCCAAACAGAGCUACGUGAAGGAAUACGACCAGAUACUGGUUCCUGCCACCACUUUCCUCGAAGCCGAGGCGUUGCAGUCCGGCUACGGCCGCAAGAUCGACAACCACCCCGAACUCGCCGCGCACCAGGUCCAGCAGCUCAAGAAACGCCCGCGGAUGUGGAUGGUGGCGCGGCGUGUGCGCGACAUGCGCAGUCUACUGUCUGGAUUCGCCAAAAUGUCCACAGAGAUGGUUUUGGGCCGGCUACCGCUGGCAACGGAGGACGACGUAGCAAGCGAUAUUCGCGAAGAGGACUGGCGCAUUUUCCACGAACGCAACCGCCAGCUUCUGGCCGCAGAGGCCGUCAAUCUGGACGAGAUCGCCGAAACAGAGCUUCAACAGGAUUACGCAAGAUUGAUACUUGGCAGCCAGAUCUCCGAGAUCGACAACUCCGCAGACUACGAGCCUGUCUCAGAGGCCAGCGAGAGCGAGUGGGAGACUGACGACGAGCCGGUGGAGUCCGAAAUCGGCCAGCUGUUAUCGCCAGAAGACAUUGGCUCGCUCCUUAAUCCUCAAUCUACAGAAGAGAUCCAAUUUGCACGAAUUCUCCAACAACACCUCCACGCACCGUCCACAUUGACCAGACGCCGGUUCCACCAAAACUACACGCCAGAACUGCAGCUGUGGGACGUGAUCAGAGAGAAACGGGCCCCAAACUACGACGACCUGGGCAGCUGCGUGAUUUGUCACGUGAACGCGCGGCAGGGUGCUGCUUUUUGGGAAACCAUCUGUGGAGAACACGGUUUGGCCUCAGACGGAACUUACCACGGAACCGAUGAUAUUCAGAAAUCCAGACUCAACGUUUACUACAACGAAGCUAGCAGCGGAAAAUACGUGCCAAGAGCAGUCUUGGUCGAUUUGGAGCCAGGCACGAUCGACACUGUCAAGUCGUCAGAAUUCGGUAACUUGUUCAGACCAGAUAACCUCAUAUACGGUCAAUCUUCGGCCGGCAACGUUUGGGCCAAAGGUCACUACACCGAGGGAGCCGAGCUGGUUGACUCUGUGUUAGACGUUGUUAGAAGAGAGGCCGAAGGUUGCGACUCGCUCCAAGGUUUCCAGAUCACCCAUUCCUUGGGUGGUGGUACCGGUUCUGGUAUGGGUACUCUUUUGAUCUCCAAGAUUAGAGAAGAGUUCCCAGAUAGAAUGAUGGCCACUUUCUCUGUGAUGCCUUCUCCAAAAGUCAGCGACACUGUUGUUGAGCCUUAUAAUGCUACCUUAUCUAUCCACCAGCUGGUUGAGAACUCGGACGAGACCUUCUGUAUCGACAACGAGGCUUUGUACGACAUCUGCCAGAGAACUUUGAAAUUGAACCAACCAAAUUACAGCGACUUGAACCACCUUGUUUCGUCUGUUAUGUCUGGUGUCACCACCUCGCUGCGUUUCCCAGGACAAUUGAACUCCGACCUGAGAAAGCUUGCUGUGAACCUUGUGCCAUUCCCAAGAUUGCACUUCUUCAUGGUUGGUUACGCUCCAUUGACCUCGAUUGGAUCGCAGUCGUUCAGAUCGUUGACUGUUCCAGAACUGACACAACAAAUGUUCGAUUCCAAGAACAUGAUGGCCGCUUCUGACCCAAGAAAGGGUAGAUACCUGACUGUCGCUGCUUUCUUCAGAGGUAAGGUUUCUGUGAAGGAGGUUGAGGACGAGAUGCACAAGGUGCAAACCAAGAACUCUGACUACUUUGUGGAAUGGAUUCCAAACAACGUCCAAUCUGCCGUUUGUUCUGUUGCUCCUAAGGACCUGGACAUGUCUGCUACGUUUAUUGGAAACUCCACUUCUAUCCAGGAGCUGUUCAGAAGAGUGGGAGACCAGUUCAGUGCCAUGUUCAGAAGAAAAGCGUUCUUGCACUGGUACACUUCUGAAGGUAUGGACGAGAUGGAAUUCACCGAAGCCGAAUCCAACAUGAACGACCUUGUGAGCGAGUACCAGCAGUACCAGGACUCCAACGACAUCGACGAAGAAUUGGACUAUGCGGACGAAGCUCCAUUGGAGGACAUGCUUGAGUAA